GUAGAGAGCAGAUGCGGUGGAAAACGGAUUAGUUGGGACUUGAUGAUGGAGCUGAAAGUAUGCCGGGGAUGGUAGCUGGUGUUAAAUAAUAAGGAAUGACUGUCAGUGUCUUUAAAAUAAACCUUGGUUGCUAAUGUUUUGUGUCCAUCCUUCGUGUCUGUGAAGAAAACUACUGUGUCUAGGAAGGGGACCUGCUGGAGAUGGAGAGUUUGUUUGAGUUUGAUACGGGGGUGGUGUGAGUUAAGGAUAUGUAUAAAAUGGUUAAAUUCCGUUUCUGAUUCGUCCCAUAGGCCAAAGAUAUCAUCUAAGUAACGGAAAUAGACUAGGGGGCGUGACAGGCAUUUAAGGAAUGCAGAUUCCUCCCAGUCUGCCAGAUAGAUGUCCGCGUAGGCUGAUGAAUAUUUCCUUCCCAUUGCGCAGCCGCAUAUUUGUAGAAAGAAGGAUUUAUCAAAUAAAAAGUUGUUGCGGCCUCGAGGCCCAGGACAGUGUCGAUGUUCGUGUACAAGGAGUCAACGUCGAUUGAAAAGAUAAACGUGUUAUCAGGGACGGACGUCGAGGUCGGAGGUCACGGAAGGAGCGGAGGUCCUGAUCGAUGAGCUGGCGUAUAGGCUUCGAGACGGACUUCAAGGCUGGUUCCCAGAUAGACGGCGUAGUAAAAGAUAAAUAGCAAUGCCCAAGGAACGAAUACCCGAAAAACGUAGCAGUUCAGGACACUGAUCCAGAACCAGAGGACAAUUCAACUCCACAGAAGUUUAUUCUUCAAACAGGUUUGAUUGACAAACCACGAGUGAGUACCCUGAAACUAACAUAGAAAUAAAUAAAUCGGGCUCCUUUGAGACAUUGACUUUACUCUGAUUUACAAAUUUGUACAAAAUAUAUUAAUAUCAUUCAGUUAGGUAACAAUUCUUUGUUUCUUUAUCAAACAGAUCUGUGGUCUCCAUUUACGUUGAGUCCCACAUGUUUUAAAAUGAUUAAAUAACAUUAACAUAGCCUACUUUUAGCAUUAAAGAAUUCAUGACGUAAAACUAUAACCCAAGUGAUUGUGUUUUGUUUCGUAUAUCCCUAUCUGUUGUAUCAGCUGUGUGUGUAUUCCUUUAUUCGUAUUAAUUUGUUUGUGUUUUCUUUCCAAAAGAACGUCUGACUCCCACAGUCAUAAAGAGUAAAAUGGGCGCCAAUUCAUCAAAACGGGACGCUAAGGUGACAAUAACGGUAUCUAAGCAAAUUAAAAAACGAGCGGAGGUGGUAAGAACUCGCUAUGGUAAGAAAAAAAACGAUCCUAUAGUGCCACCAAGAUCCCCCGCAGAUAUAGUCUUGAGGGAAGAAGGCAUAUACUCGGUCUUUCCAUUUACUUAUGAUGUGUACGAAUGGACAGAUGGCUGUUGGCCAAUAGGUGGUUCUUUUGAUUCUUGCAAACUACAAGAAUUAAAAGAAACAAUAACGUCUGGACCAGAUCCGAAAUGGGAUUUUAAUUACACACAGAAUUGUUUAGAUGCAUGGAUUCGCACUGCAAAACGACACCCAAUACCGAAACCAGUUAAACAAGAAGUAACUGCAGAAAUCGCGUCUAACAUUUUCAAAAAAACUAUGCAAAUCAACCCAGAUUGGCCAGAAGUGUAUAGAACAGCUCUGUUGAACAUAACAGCAACUAGUAAUGCAGAACAUGUUGAUAAAUUAAUGACUGAAAUAGAGUUAACAGCCGCCGAAGUAGACGCUAUUAAAACAGCGCAAAACAACAGAAAAGACAAAACCGUCCUCGCUACACUUUGUGUAUGGAGCCAACGUCAACUCGUUAUAGACCUAAACAGAUUGCAGAAACUAGCGCGUAAAGUAGGACUUUCCGUUAACCAAGACUGUACAGGAUUGUUUCCCAAACUGCCCACAGAUAACGGACUAGACGACACCGAACUCGCCGCAAUAGCAAUCGCCACCCGAAAAUCCAUAGAAUCGAAUCAACUCGGUGCUUCAGGUACAGUGUCAAACGCUGCACCAACAAUACCCAUUACAACCUCUUCACAGCCGUGUCAAAUUGAGCAAUUUCCGAAAAUAACAAUAGGCGACACCGCGAUAUUGAAACCUUGGUCACCAAGUGAAGCGCAAUCAAUGGCCAAAGAUGCUCCAGAUCCCCUUCGCACGCCAACACCUUUUUUACAUUGGUUGAAUCAAAUGUGUACAAUUUACAGUCCAUUACCAGGAGACCUGUUAAUCAUUCUAAAAUUGGCAUAUGGUUCAAAAUGGCAGUUAGUUCGAGAAUUGUUUCAUGUCCCUCAAAGAGCCGAAUGGGGAUCAGAAGAAAGGGGAAACAACAUCUCCCUAGACAUUUGGUUGGACACAGUCUGUGAAAGAGUGGUAAAAGCCGAAGCAUCAAGUCAAGCUGACUUUUCCAUUGUUACUCAGACCAUACAGAAACCAGAUGAAGCCCCCGUAGAUUUUUCUCAACGUUUUAGACACAUGUGAGGAAAGCGCUGGAAUAACAAUGGACUCAAAUAUGAUGUUUACUGUACAAACGUUUAUAAACUGCCUUAACCCACAAACUCGCUCUCUUCUCAUUCUAACUGAUUUGCAAUGGCAGGAAAAAACACUAACUCAACUAACCACCCAAUUGGCUAAUAUGGAACGCUUAGGCAUGUUUAAAGAUAAAAAGAAAACUAACCAAAGUAACCAUCAAUCAGGAAUGUUUGUACAGCACAACUACAAAGAACGGAACAAAAGACAGUUCCAAAAACAGACCCAGGAGUACGGAGAGCGUACUAAUGAGAAGGACCAAGACCAACACAACUUUAAUUCGAAAGAAAGUCACGUUAAAGAUUUUAAUAAAACAGAAAACCAUAACCACAGCGACUGGUAUGGAAAUGACACACGUGACGAACCCCCCAGAUGUUUUUACUGCAAAAAGAUAGGUCAUCAGGAGAAAUAUUGCAGAAAGAAACACAGCGACGAGAAUAGUCACGUUAAAGAUUUUAAUAAAACAGAAAACCAUAACCACAGCGACUGGUAUGGAAAUGACACACGUGACAAA